UUUCCCCCCCUCUCCCUCCCGCCCCGUAGCUGGGGGUGGUUCUCGCCUGGCCGCCCUCCCUUCUCCCCUCCCUCGCUCUCUGCCGCCGGGCUGCUCCCUCCCCGUGGGGCGCAGGGAGGCGAGCCCGCCCGCCCGGGAUGCCAUGGCUCCGCCGGGCUCCGCGCUGCCCGCCUGCCUGCUGGGGCUGCUGCUGCUUGUCUGCCGCGGAGAUUUUGGUCGUUCCUCUGAGCUGGCGUUCGUUGUGGAGCCUAGUGAUGACAUAGCUGUGCAGGAGCAACCCUUGAUCCUCUACUGCCAGGUGGAGGGCAUCCAGCCCAUCACCAUCACAUGGCGCAAGAAUGGCGUGAUGAUCGUGGACAGUGAGAAUGCCUUCAUGCUGGCCAACGGGUCUCUCUACGUCUCCCGCUUCCAGAGGGUGCGGGGAGACGGCUCCUCGGAUGAAGGCGAGUACGACUGCAUGGCCCAGAACCACUACGGGCUGGUGGUCAGCCGGAAGGCCAAGAUCCAGGCAGCGAACUGA